GUGACGAUCCACUGUUGGGCGACAAGCACCAGUACAACUACAUGACAGUCGACGAUAUGAAGUCCCUCGGCGACGAUUCCAUGCGACUCGACGUCACCAGCGACGAGAAGAGCGAGCACAACAGAAACUCGAUGGCUCCGUCGCACAUUAGUAACGAACUCAUCAUAACGCCGCACGCCGUGAAGGAGUAUUACGCGUCCAACGCUUAUUCCGCGCCCGACAACGUGGACAUCAACAGGCAGCCGAUCACGGCUGGUUUCUUAGUAUCGUUCAUCGUGGAUGCUCGUGGCGGAGCUAUGCGAGGAUGCCGACACUCCGGAGUGAGGGUUAUCGUUCCCCCGAGAUGCGCAGCAAGCCCGACUCGCAUAACUUGCCGGUACGUUCGCCCGCAGAGAACUCCACAUCCGCCGCCUUUGAUGGAAGGUGAGGCUUUGGCCAGUCGGUUGCUGGAAUUAGGCCCGGUCGCUGCCAAAUUCUUAGGACCUGUGAUUAUCGAGGUGCCGCACUUUGCUUCGCUGAGAGGCAAGCAACGUGAGAUAAUCGUCCUGCGCUCGGACAACGGCGAAACCUGGAAGGAGCACACCUUGGAGGCCAACGAGGAGGCUAUACAGGACGUGUUGAAUCAUAGCUUUGACGGAGAAGAGCUCAGCCAAAUAGAAGAUUUGCACACCAACCGCAUCACGAGGAUCUUGACAAACGACUUCCCUCAUUACUUCGCCGUCGUGUCUCGCGUCAGGCAAGAGGUGCACGCGAUCGGACCCGACGGCGGCACCGUUUCUAGUUCGGCUGUGCCGUUGGUUCAAGCCGUUUUCCCGCCCAACGCCCUCACGAAGAAAAUAAGAGUCGGACUGCAGGCGCAAGCUAUCGAACCGGAAUUGGUAUCGAAGUUGCUGGGACACGGAGUUGCCGUCUCGCCGAUCGUCACCGUCGAACCCAGAAGACGGAAAUUCCACAAAGCUAUAACCUUGAGUAUGCCAGCGCCGAAAGCGCACUCGCAAGGUAUGAUCAACCAGUACCAGGGUACGACCAACACGACACUCCGUCUGCUGUGUUCUAUCACAGGUGGCCAAAAUAAGGCGGUAUGGGAAGACGUCACUGGAUCCACUCCCCUAACGUUCGUCAAAGACUGUGUGUCGUUCACGACCACGGUGUCGGCGAGGUUCUGGCUCAUGGAUUGUCGGAACGUCUCGGACGCUGCCAGAAUGGCAACGGAUUUAUACACCCAAGUAACGCACGUACCGUUUAUGGCGAAAUUUGUGGUUUUCGCGAAGAGAGUGAGCUCGUUGGAGGCUAGAAUCAGGGUGUUUUGUAUGACGGACGACAAGGAAGACAAAACCUUGGAACAUCAGGAACAUUUUACGGAAAUCGCCAAAAGCAGAGACGUUGAGGUGCUCGAACCGAAGGAUAUAUUCAUGGAGUUUGCUGGGAACCUUGUGCCGGUUUUGCAGUCGGGAGACCAGCCUAGACUGGGCUUCAAGGCCUUCAAGGAGAAUCGUCUAGCCUUCAACAUGAGAUUGAGGGAUCCAGACGAGGAGGCGGUCGGACGUAUCGUAUUCAUGAGCGAUGCGAAGGUGGCGAGGGGAGAACCCAACCAGACCCCACUAUGCACGCUCAAUCUAAUUUUACCCAAAGACGUGCUUCCGGACAGGGAUUCUCACUCGGACCUCUUGUCUCUCGAUAAGGACCACAGCUUUUUGCAACACGGCGGCAUCAGUAAACCCGAUACUAUCCACCGAGCCGAUUUCCGAUUAUCGGACAUUUGCAAUCUCUUACACGAGGAUUGGGAGAAGCUAGCGAUGGAACUGGACAUCCCACCGUCCGAUAUCUCCUUGAUAAAAGACGAGUACCCGGGGAAUUACCCGCAGCAGGCUAUGAUCAUGUUCCGGCUUUGGUUACGUCAAAAAGCGAACAAAGCCACGGGGAAUAAAUUGGAGCAGGCUUUGAAUAAGAUCGGCAGGCAGGAUAUCGUUAAUAAAUGUAUCUGCAACGUGGAGCUGGUGACCGACGACAUGGAGAAGGCUCUGGCGAAAAUUCACCUCGAUCAGUCCGGUUUCGAGAAUUUGAAGGACGAGUUGGGUCCUUCGAGGGAUACUUCGUUGAGGCGGGACGUCCACGUCGACGGUUCGUUCCAAGGGAGUCAGGAGGACCUGGAUAAGAGUAGCAGGAGUGAGGACAACCAAGCACAAAACCUAUCGGGGACCGACACAACAGGCGACGACUUUUUGAUUAAAAACGACGCGAUCGAACAGCUGGACAACAGACCGCGCACUCCCGAUAAUACGCAUACCGCCGAAAUUCGAGAAGAAAUAACGCAACACCUGAACCACCUACAUUCGACGCCUAAACCAAAGCAAGACGCCAACGCAAAUACCCCACCGCCUAGUCCCGCUGAAAUAAGUUUCGACAAGGAGGCGAACAUUUUCAACAAAGAUUUUAUUCGAAACGAGGCGAAUAAAGGAGUUCUGCGAGACGAAGUCGUAUCUCCUGCGUCGAAGGAAGAUUUUGUAGAUCCCAUCGCCGUUUUGAAACAAAACGUCAGCGAUACCCUCACGUUCUUGCAUCAGGAGAGAAACGACUUCUUGCCCGAAGAAGACAUAAUUAUACCGAGCAGGAAAGACGAUCAUAUAGCGAAGGAGAUCGACUUGAACAGCAUUAACUUGAAGACGCCUAAGAGGUCGACGAGCGAUUACGACGACAGCUUUCUAGACGCUAACGUAGAAACUCCACAAGAUAACGACGCGUUCAGUGAAUGUUUGGAUAUGAAGGUAGAUGGCGCUGUUCAAAGUGCGCAUCAAAAGGAGAAACUGUUAGACGACGAUUUCCGUACGGUCGUGGAGAGUGAGGUUACGGAGGUUAUUAGGCAGGCAGAAAAUGUCGUAAACGAUAAAUUGAACAGUUUAAAUAGCUUCGCCGACGAUAAAUCAAACAAGGUGAUAAGAUUCCAGGACGAAAUUUUGGAAACUGCGGAAAAUAAAGUCGACAGUACCAAAGAGAUAGCCGAUAGUAUCUUCGAUGAUCUAAAAACCACGACGGAAGAUUCCUUGGAUAACUUGGAGAGUCUCAAGGACGAUUCUAUUUCAGCGGCCCAGGAAAAAAGCGAGGAGGCUUUCAAAUUUUUAGAGAACGAGGCCUCAAGUCCAAACAUAUCCGCCCACCUGGAGGAUUCCAUGAGUUUUAUACAAAGAGAAAUAGAUUCGACUUUCAGUAGCGAGGAACCCAGCAAAACCGUUUCCUUUACGGACACUCCCGUAUCGCCGAAGAGUCCUAGGAGCAGCAUACCCGUAGCUAAGGUUAGGAAGAGUUUGGAGAAAGAGAAGGAUAUAGACGUUUUAUUUAACGAAGAGAGAUCCGACUCCGUCUCUCCUACAGAGAGCGAACUGUUGAGCAAAAUCCCGGUAGUUAUGAAAGGUGGUAAAGUCAAAACCAUAAAAAAACACUCGAAGGACCCUCUGAAGGAAUUCGUUACUUUGUCUAAAGACGUGAAUUGGGACGACGACGAGGAAACGACGAAGAUCAUAAGAACGGUCACGUCGGACCCCAUCGUAAAAACGACCGUAACGAGAAUAACCGGCGAGAGUCUUCCCGAACACGUAAAGAGUAAAAUACCGGUCCUCCACACGGAAUCCUUAUCUCCUACCGAAAUGACGGAACGGUACAACAUCGAGGUGUCCCCUAGAAGUAAAAUACCGGUACUGAAGACCGAAACCACGAGAAUAAUAUCUCCGGAUGGCAUGGAAAAGGACGUAACGUCUCCAGAUACCACGAGGUUCGUGGAAACCACCACGACUACAAUAGUCUCGCCUGGCUCCAGAGUGUCUACCAAAAGCAGUACGAUAGAUUCAGAUUCUGACGAUGACAGCAGAAGGAGUCCGCCGUUAAAGGGGAUCCUGAAAAAGACGUCGGUGCGUACCAUCGGUAGUUCUAGCGGAUCCGAUGUCGCGCUUCACGAGGAAGGUGCGGAACUUAGCGACGAUGACUCAGAAGACUUUUAUCAGCAAGAACCACAGUAUACUGUAACCACAACAGAGGAGAUCGACCCGGUAACUGGAGCAAAAAUAACAAGGACGGUCAGGACCGUAAGCCAAAUCAUCACGUCACCAGGUGGACAAAACGAAUCGGAUUAUCGCCAUUCGAUGCAAACAGUUCUGGAUCAGUUUAUGUCGGAGGAAAGGAAUCCUCACUAAAAAAUCACUUAUCGGGGACAAAAUCUUACAACUUAAAUUUUAUAAAACCGAUAUACAUAUAUUUUAUUAUUGCGACGUAAGUUGUCCCUCAGUAUUCCCGGUUAUUGUUUAAUUUACGCUUUUGAUUUUUAUUUAUUUUUACGAGUAUGGGAUUUUAUUUGUUGGCGUCGUUGCGUAUUCCAGUGAAAUUAUUAUUUUUUUAAGAUCAUUUCAAAUGACCAAUCGAGAAGUUGCGAAUUUUAAUAAAUAUAUUUAUUUUAUUAUGCAUGAGUGAUAAAUAUUCUAAAAUCUAAUGUACGUUUUAUCUACUUACUACAAAAAUUUAAAAAAUUUUCAAAGGAAUCUUAUAUAAUAAUUAUAUAUUCAAUUAUAUUCAACGCAAUUUCUGCUUAGCUAGAAAAAAAAACUCUUCAUUUCCAGGUAAAUUAUUUUUUUAAUGAUUAUAUAUAGUGCCUAGACUUUAAUUUUUACUUGAAAUGUUUAAGUGAGAAUCGUCUUUUUUUUUGUUGAAUUAGAUGCAAGUAACCUUACUUAUUCUCUUUGAGGGUACUAAGAGUUUCCGUCACAGUUAACAGUUGUGAAAAUUUUAUUAUAAAUAUAGAUUUUAAUAUAUUUAAUAUAUAAAUAUGCUUUUAUCAUGGAAUUAUUAAAUCUUGUAGAAACGGUUGCUUCUAUAACAAUUUGUUUGAAAAUAAAUGUGUGGUGUACAUUUUCUUUUUA